AGCGCUUGCUAAUCCCGGAGUGAACCAGCAACCCUCACCCACAUAGAUACAGAGAAAUCGCCAACCUUAGCCGCCCCACUUAGAAGCACGUGGAAGCGGCAAUCGUCAGCCGGGGCUGCCUUCUGGAAUCUAAAGGCAUUCGGGCAGCUGGCGGCUCAGGAGUGAAUACACCCGAAGGAGCAGCGGAGGAGAAAGCUGGGUGGCCAAAGACAACCCCCCCCACACACACACACGGCCCCCUGACACUCCUGCCUGCCUCUCCGAAAGGGGCCCGGGUGAAAUUAAGGACAAGCAAGACAGAGAUCACCAUGGAUAACAGUCCUGGCGGCGUGAUCCUCUACGUGGGCUCCACGGCCGGCUCCAGCCCCACCCCGGGCAGCCCACCCGGCGGCUACCUGGUGCCCUCCCCACAGCACUCCCUGCCCUCGUCGCUGGAGGAGCUGACGCUGACCGAGAUCGGGGCCAUCAAGCCACAGGGCUCCAGCUCGCCAUCCUCGCCUAAGGUGGCCUUCCAGUUCCCGGAAGGGGUCAGGUACCCCAGCAAGGGCCAGUCGCCCCCCACCCAGAGCAGAGUUGCCACGGCCAAGCAGAACGGCGUGACCGGCACCUUCACUAAGACGGGCGGGAUGGUGCUGCUGUGCAAGGUGUGCGGGGACAUCGCCUCCGGCUUCCACUACGGCGUCCACGCCUGCGAGGGCUGCAAGGGCUUCUUCCGGCGCAGCAUCCAGCAGAACAUCAACUACAAGAUGUGCGUGAAGAACGAGAACUGCAUGAUCAUGCGCAUGAACCGCAACCGCUGCCAGCACUGCCGCUUCAAGAAGUGCCUGGCCGUCGGCAUGUCCCGCGACGCGGUGCGCUUCGGGCGCAUCCCCAAGCGGGAGAAGCAGCGCCUGCUGGACGAGAUGCAGAGUUACAUGAACAGCCUCAACGAGGCCCCCAUGGACGUGGGGCUGGGGCCCGAGGGGGAGGCGCCCCCCAGCCCCGACGCCCAGGAGGAGGAGGCCAUCGGCGCCAUCUCGCGGGCCUAUCACGACAUCUUUGUCAGCGGGCAGGACCGGCUGGGCAAGCGGGCCGAGCCCUACCCCUCGCUCAGCUACGCCGACCAGCAGCUCAACAACGGCUACGCCUACGGGCAGUACGACUCGGCCGGCCUGCCCCUCCCCGGCUACGGCGCCUGCCCCCAGGAGGCCCCCAGCUACGUGGACAACGGGCCCCGCCGCUUCGGCAACGACAUUUACCAGGCCCAGCAGGCCGGGUACCUGGCCAACGCCGGGCACUACCCCGCCUUCGAGUACGGCUACUCGGAGGGCAGCCCCCAGAGGGCGUGCCCCUGGCGCUCCACCACCAGCAGAGGCAUUGCGUGCCCGCUGAACGCCAGCCCCUACUGCAGCAACGGGAAGAGCAGCCAGCAGGUGUGGGAGGAGUUCUCCCAGUGCUUCACGCCCGCCGUCAAGGAGGUGGUGGAGUUCGCCAAGAGCAUCCCGGGCUUCCAGUCGCUCUGCCAGCAGGACCAGGUCAUGCUCCUCAAGGCGGGCACCUUCCAGGUGCUGAUGGUGCGGUUCUCCUCCCUCUUCAACCCCAAGGAGAAGGUGGUGACGUUCCUGAGCGGCGAGACCUACUCGCUCUGCAGCCUGCGCUCCAUGGGCAUGGGCUGCCUGCUGGACGCCAUGUUCGAGUUCAGCGAGAAGCUCAGCUCCCUCGGGCUGGAUGCCCAGGAGAUGGCGCUCUUCAUGGCCGUCGUCCUUGUCUCGGCAGAUCGCUCUGGCAUCUCAGACGUGGAUGCCGUGGAAAUCCUUCAGGAGACCCUCAUCCGGGCCCUGCGGACUCUGGUGACAAAGAAGCACCCCGACGACUCCACCCUCUUCCCCAAACUCCUCCUGCGCCUUCCCGACCUGCGGACCCUCAACAACCAGCACUCGGAGAAGCUCCUGGCCUUCCGGAUCGAUCCUUAAGCCCACCGGAGAUGCCCGCCCUCCGAGCCUAGGGGGAGAAGGAUCAAGAACAGUCACCGGACCCAGCGCCUCGGGCGGCAUUUAGCUCUUUCGAAGACGAGGAAGGAGGGCUCU